AUGCGCCCAGCGCCAGACCCGCUCAGGUCGGGUUUCUCCGGAUAUCAAAGGAGAGAUCGUGCUCGUUCCGGGCUAAUUUUCUCUGCUCAAGGUAUUGUUCUGUAUCGCUGCAACGGAGCCAUAAGAGACCAGGCCAUGAGGACUUUUCCCAAAAACAGAAGUUGCGAAGUUUACAGCGUCUCUGGUUCAGGAGCCUGCGCCCCCGCUAGUUCACCUGCACAGCAGGACUUGGGUGUGACAAAGCCCACCCAGACGUCAAGCCCAACUAACAGGGAGUCCCAGGCUGGAUCUGACAUCAAGAGCCCAACGAGCAAGAGAACAGAUUGUGAGGCAUGGAGUAAGUGGGCACUGAGGGCCUCCCCCCUCCUGCCCCUCUCGGCUGCCAUUGCACUGACGUUCCAUUUCCUUGCAUCCUCUCCAUCUUCCUCAUUGUUCUACCUUGGAGGAAGCGUUGAGUUCUCCAAUCUCAGCUUCUCCCCAGACCUGGCAGAUCCGUCGUCUACACAGUUCCGCCUCCAGUCUCAGGCACUAAGCCAUUAUUUCUCAGAGUUGUAUGAUUCUUCACCAUGGAGCUCGUAUUACCAGCACUCAGGAAUUAGUGCAUUUAGUGAAGGAGUGGAAGGUCUUUGUGUGUACUACUGGAGUAAGUUCUAUGCUCCUCCCACUAUUGCUGAGGAACUCCAGAGAGUGAACCCGGCCCGACUGCAGCGGCGACUGCCUGGUACCAACAAGGUCCUCUUUAGCAAGAACGAGGAAUGCUACUACAUGGAGAAGGACGAGGACACACUGCGUCUGCUGGGUUUGAAUCCAGAUGAUGGUGGUGAUGCUGAUGAUGACGACGAUGAAGAUUCUGAUGACAAGGCGGAAAAGAUAAAGAAUCCUAACUCAAUUCAGAGUGGCAAGUGGCAGUUGGGGCUGCAGGCCAUGUCUUUUGACCUGUAUGCUAAGUACGGAAAUAAUCGCACACUCAGUCUCGUGAGUCCAAAGAAGCCGUAUUAUCAAUGGAGGCUUCGUGUGCCAUCUGGCCAUGUUGUGCAACUCGUCAUCCUAACACUUCAAGGGGCGACACCAGGUAGCUGUUCUGCCAACAAACUGUCUGCUUAUGACUUCUUACUGCCGCUUCAGAACAAGAUCAUUGCCAGAUGGUGUGGUCUGCCAAUAUCAGGAACAUCCCCUGUAGUGAAACUGACGUCGUCUGGAAACGUCAUGCUUGUCACUUUUUCUUUCAGUCGACAGAGGCAAGGGGCCAUCUUCAAAGCCUAUUUCCAGGCCAUACCCAAAACAGACUGUGGCGGUUUCCUCUCUGCAUGGAAUGGCACAGUAACCUCCCCUUACUACCCUGCCUACUACCCUCCAAAUGUGGACUGUAAUUGGAAAAUCAGGGCUCCGUUGCCGGGAUACCUUCUAUCUGUGACCAUUGUGAUGCUGGACAUUCAGGAUUCACCUUCAUCUAGCACCUGUGAAAAAGACUGGCUGGAAAUUGGUGGUGUCAAACUCUGUAACCCGAUUGGUGACAGUAGCAGAAAAAGAAUUUACUCUUCUCCCGUCCUGUUACAUUUUCACUCGGAUGAGUCUUUGACUCAUAAAGGCUUUUACCUUAUCUACAGAGCCUUCUCUCCUGAAAGUGCCUGUCCGAGGCAGUUUCGAUGUGGAGAUGGGAAGUGUAUUCCUCUGAGGAAGGUGUGUGAUGGAGACAAAGACUGUUCUGAUGGACGAGAUGAGGCAAAAUGCAACACAUGUAAACCAGGAGAAGUGAUGUGUAAUGGACAGUGCAGACCACACAGCCAGUGUAACACCCAGUUUCCAUGUAGUGACAGUAGUGAAGAAACUAACUGUGGAGGUAAAUGCUACCUCAUGUGCCCAAACAAAAUCUGCCUCCCCAAAGCCUCGGUGUGUGAUGGAAUUGUGGACUGCAAAGACCGCAGCGAUGAACUCAAUUGCACAAGAGCAUUUCAGAAAGGAUGCUCUCCCUCCUCCUUCAAAUGUACCAAUGGAAAAUGCUUAAAUAAGAUCAAUCCAGAGUGUGACGGCAUCAAAGACUGCAAAGAUGGCUCAGAUGAGUUGCGCUGUGGUUGUGGCACACGACCCAGAAAGAGGGCAAAGAUUGUGGGUGGAACAGAUGCCCAGGCUGGCUCAUGGCCUUGGCAGGUCAGCCUUCAAAUGGAGCGCUAUGGCCACGUGUGUGGGGCUUCUCUGGUGGGCAGCCGUUGGCUUGUCUCUGCAGCUCACUGCUUCCAGGACUCAGAUGCAAUUAAGUAUUCUGAUGCACGAUCGUGGAGGGCGUACAUGGGUAUGCGAGUAAUGAACUCGGUCAGUAAUGCAGCAGCCACCAGACAGAUCCGACGUAUCAUCUUGCACUCUCAAUAUGACCAAUUCACCUCCGACUAUGACAUCGCCCUUCUAGAACUGAGUGCCCCUGUCUUUUUCAAUGAGUUGGUACAGCCAGUCUGUGUGCCUGCUUCCUCUCAUGCCUUUUCUUCUGGAACCAGCUGCUUUGUCACGGGAUGGGGGGUUCUGUCAGAGGAGGGUGAGUUGGCCACAUUGCUGCAGGAGGCAACAGUUAACAUCAUCAGUCACAACACUUGCAAUAAAAUGUAUGACGAUGCAGUCACUCCAAGAAUGCUUUGCGCCGGGAACAUUCAGGGAGGAGUGGAUGCUUGUCAAGGAGACUCUGGGGGACCUCUGGUGUGUCUGGAACGUGGGCGGAGGUGGUUUCUAGCAGGCAUUGUGAGUUGGGGCGAGGGCUGCGCCCGACAGAACCGGCCUGGCGUUUACACACGUGUCAUUAAGUUCACAGACUGGAUUCACCAGCAGACGAAAGGCCAGGUGUGACGAGCACACAACCACACGUAUAUACACCAGAGAAUGGGUAUUAUUAUAAUUUGCCCACUCUCAUUUGCGUGUGACCAAGUGACACCUGCCCAGUUCUCAUGGUGCCCAGAUACACAGCAAACUUGAACACCUCUGCAUUGGGAGCAGUUUUCUGUCAAAUGCUGUUGCUCAGCGUAUGAAACCUUCGUCCACAGCCUUUAGCAACUUCACUUCUCACUGUGAUACUUUAUGCUCCAAAACUUAAGCUCUGCCACCCACAGACCAACUCUAUAAGGCCUUGACAGUGGACUACUAGAGUAGAGAUUUUUACAAGCAAGUUGAAGAGGUACACAUCUUUCAUUAUUUGCAGUGGAAAGAGUUCUCUCGGCAAGAUCAAUUGUAUUAUUUGCAUACAGUGACUUGAGUGACUAAAUAUAAGCUUUCAUUCAUGUAUUCAUGUUAAUGUAAUGAUUUCUAUGUUUUAUUGUUUUAGGAUUAUUUAAACCCUGUACCACAUUGUCCAUUUCAAAUUUGUCCAACUUUCAAAUUGAUUGCAUGUCAAAAAAUAUGACAAAUGUUAAUUUUAGUCAUUGUAUUUUAAUUUUUUAUUAUUUUUACUCUCCUUUUUUCACAAAUGCUUGUUGUCAAUGGCGCACUUUCACUCAGAAGGAAAAAACAAUGCCAGUCCUUAAGACUGGUCCCUCUACUGGUCGUGAUUUGACACUACAACUUACUCCUCAGUACUCCUUAGUUAUGCAAACAUUAUGUUCUGUAUUCCCGACAAUAAGAUGUAAAUGUAAAAACUGAGAAAUUGUUGAUACUUUAUAUUAGACGUGAAAAUUAGAACUAUAUUA